CGUCAUGUUCGCCUUGAGGCUGGCUUCCUUCUUGCGGCAAAAAGGCGUACUCCUUCCCGCAACGGUUCUGAUCUGUAUUUUAUCAGUUUGCGCUGCCGACCCGGAGAAGGCCUGGAAUGGAUUCGUGACGCCUGGCUCGACCGGCCCCACCACAUUCGUUCCGUACUAUGUGCCUCCAGGCGCUAGGAGCUAUGAUUCCUCUUCUCCUUUUCUGCACUACUUUGGGAAGUGGAAAGACACGUACUCAUCUGCGUACGUUCAGAACACUCUGCGGUCGACCUCGGAUCCUGGCGCAUCUAUGACCUUCAGCUUCACUGGCACCGGCAUCGAGUGGUUCGGAAAUCAAGAUGCAAGACAUGGCAUCGCGCAAGUGUACAUUGACGGGAGGAAGAUGCAGGAAGUCGACGCCUGGAGCGCGAAGCCUAUGAAGCAGCAGCGCAUCUACUGGGACUUCGACUUGUACCCUGGCAGGCAUACGAUCAAGAUCGUCAACAUUGGCCAGAAGAGCGCCAACGCUACCGGCACACUUAUAGACAUCGAUGCAUUAGUCGUAAUCACUGGUCCGCAGCCUGACUCUCCCGACGUGGAAUACCUGGAUACCUCCGCUCGGCCCAUCCCAGACUAUCCGCCUCUCUUUGACUUCGUAUCUGAACCUGACCCAGACAAGGAGUGGACCUUGACGGAGAUUGGAAACACUGGUGUCUCCGCCAUGCAACUCUCGAUCGUUUCCGAGACUCAUGCACUCGUCGUGGACAAGGUGGAACACAAUCCCCUCACUAUUGACGGUCACCCUGCCUGGGCUGCUCUCUAUAAUCUCAAGACGCACUCUGUCACACCUCUGUCCGUGGAGUCAAACUCUUUCUGUGCUGGUGGCACUUUCCUCAGUAACGGCACGCUCAUCAACGUCGGCGGCAACCCCGUCGUAGAAGACCACACUGCUACCGCUGACUUCGGUGACCUAGAUGGCUUACAAGCCGUACGCGUCUUUGAAGCAUGCGAUCUUGAGGACGUAUCUGGCUGCAGUCUCUACGAGAACCACGACCGCAUCCGCAUGGCUACUCCUCGCUGGUAUACUACUGUGCUUCGAAUCGCCGACGGCAGUGCCAUGAUCGUAGGCGGCUCGCGCAAGGGUGGCUGGAUCAACAAUGCGACGGUCAAUAAUCCUACUCUGGAAUAUUGGCCUCCCAAAGACAUCGCUGGAUCGCACGGGCUGCCUGUACGUCUUCCCUUCCUGGAAGACACCGUUGGGGCGAACCUCUUCCCGAUCGCUUUCUCUCUGCCAGACGGAACGGUGUUCAUGGCAGCCAACCAGGAUGCGAUGAUCUACGACUGGAGGACGAACACAGAACGCAGGCUGCCCCGUCUCCCAAAUGGCGUGCGCGUUACCUACCCAAUGGCAGGCACCGCUGUCCUUCUCCCUCUCACGCCCGCGACGGGAUAUGCUCCAGAAAUCCUGAUAUGUGGCGGUUCAACCGUAGAUGACGCGCAACCCGGCUAUCUGAUAUCUUCGCAAGACCCUGCCUCGGCGCAAUGCGUACGCAUGCUGCUCACCGAGGCUGGUAUCGCCGCCGGCUGGGAGGUCGAGCGCAUGCCAGAGGCGCGCCACAUGCCCGACGCGGUCCUUUUGCCCACAGGCGAGGUGCUCAUCGUCAACGGUGCGGGCUCAGGGAUCUCUGGCUAUGGCAACGUUGUCGGCCAGAUCGGCGCGUCGAACGCGGACAACCCCGUCCUGACGCCGGUGCUGUACGACCCUGCGGCUCCGCCUGGCGGGCGAUUCUCCCAGGAGGGCAUGCCGACGAGCGACAUACCGAGGAUGUACCACUCCGUGGCGACGCUCACGCCUAGCGGGGAGAUCAUGAUUGCUGGAAGCAACCCGAACCUCGACCGGAGCGAAAUCGAGUACGGCACCGAAUAUCGGGUCGAAUGGCUUGGUCCGCCUUACAUGGCCAAAGCAAGACCUGAGAUCGUCGAGAAACCUGAGAUCAUCGGGUUUGGGGAAGACGUGACAUUCAGCGUGGCUAUCCCAAGCAGUUCCCAGGGUGUAGAUAUCAAGGGUGAGUGGCAUCCCUCGAGUAGCACGUUGUCUUCCGUUGACGAACGUCCACUAGUGGCACUCAUGGACCUUGGCUUCGUGACGCAUACUGUUCACGCCAACUCGCGGCUUGUGUAUCUCGAUUCGUCCUUGUCUGAGGAUGGGCAGACGAUCACUGUGACUGGUCCUCCGGAUGGCGGCGUAUAUCCUCCUGGACCGGGCUUCUUGUAUCUCGUUGUGGAUGGCGUACCAAGUGUUGGCGUGAAGGUGAUGAUCGGUGAUGGAGAGGAUCCACCGUUUGACGGGGAUGCGCUUGCCAACAUGCUGGCCAUGACGGAGGUCGAUCAGUAUGAGAGCAGCAAAAAGAAAGGCAAGAACAAGCAUAAGACCCCGAAGUCGCACGCAACCUGAGCCUCGAGCGGACCCCAAUGAUGACGACUUAAUGUGAACACCUCUAAUCUACAGACUACUACUCAUUCGCUUUGUUAGCUAUCUC